CCAGCUCCUUUGAGGAGGCUGUUGCUAGCAGGAUCUCUGACAUUGGUGUUGCUCUCUGGCUGCCUGCUGUCACGAGAAAUGGCUGCACAGUUGGUUGUAGCUCUGCUGGCCCUCGCCUCCCUGAGUGCUGCAUCAGAUCUGGACUGCAAAGAGCUGGUUAAACCUCGGGUGCUGGACAGCCACAGUCCCAUCUAUGGGAAGUGGGUGCUUCACGUCGCGGGGUGGGACCAGCCCGGCCUGAAGACUGACCUGGAAGUGCUGGACAGCUCCUGGGUUGAUCUAUCAGCUUCCUCGGACAGCAACGUCCUGACCAUCUACUGGGCUGACCGCCUAAAGGGAGAUAAAUGCCUUCAGGGUGAAGCUAAUGGCACCAUCUCGGGGACAACCACUCACACAACUUUUAUUAUCAAUGGACACACUUCAUAUCAUGAUGGGAAAUACUACGAGACCUGCAGCGACUGCCUCCUCUCUGAAGACACCACUCUGCUCCCCGACGGCAAAUCAAAGGGCCGAUACAUUUUCCUGUUUACACGGACAGGCGCUCUGGAGCCGUCCGAGUUGGAGACCUUCAAGAAGCAGGCAGAAUGUCUCAAUUUCCUGCCGGAGUACAUCUUUGGAGGCACAAAUCUGUGUCCUGAUGAAAGGGAAUCUGCUUCACCCGCUGCAGAGGACACACAGACUGAAAAAACUGGGACCGAGCCAACUGCGAAGUAGAGCUCAGAAAUGCCACGGCCGUGUGAAAAGUCUCCAGACAAAUCCAGUUAAACACAUACUAAACACUGCUGUUAUGUGAUCUGCAUGUGCACUCAUGUAGUUUUGUGCUGUGAAAUAAUUUCCUAUGUGUCUUUCAGAAUUCAAGGCCUGCUGGUGUCGUCAUCGAGCCAGACCAGAAAUAUGUAGUCUGAUGUGUAGACCAGUUUAUUAAAAAUCUUGUGUAACUAUUGUCACCUGGUUGGGUGUGGUAAAUAAAAACAGUUCUCACAA